AUGAGCUUCUCUCUUUUCGCAUCGAAGCUCCUGGUGGCGUUCGUGCUGGUGGUCGCCUUCCACUGGGUGCUGAUGUCCUUGUGGGUGCUCUCUCAGCUCCUGUGCUUCCCCCGCACGGCCUCCACCCGCGCCGCCUUCGCCCACGACCGCCAGCGAGGCCUCUGCCACCAGCUCGACGACGUCCUGUACGCGGGCGCCAUGGGCCUGGUGUUCCUCUUCACCUUCGUGGACGUGGGCGGCGUCGCUCCCAAGACGCAGAGCCUCAUGUACCACGUCCUGAGGCUGCUGGAGGAGGCCGUCCUGCUCACUGUGUGGUUCAUCUGGGUGGAGGGGUCGGAGUGGUACCACUGGCUGCCCAUCUUCCUGGUGCCGGUCCUCUUCUGCCUUAACCUGGCCUUUGACACCCUCCUGACGGUGAACUCCACCCCCUCCCGCUGCGCCCCCCUCUCCGACUCGCCCGUCCCCGUCUGA